AUGUUCAUCUUAUUGUAUUCUCGCCGCCUCGGGACGCUUGAAAGUUUGGACUUUUGUAUCCUCUGGCUACGCGUAGACUGCGAUGGCCAACCGCGAUUCUACGCGUGCCUGUAUAGGUCCAAUAGCGGAAAUGCCGCAACUGACCGAGUCGGUCGAGUGAGGAGAUUCAAAUGGCUAAAGGUUCCGUCCGCCGAAAUCGUGAUACUUGGCGAUUUUAACGCCCACCAUGCUGACUGGCUCGGCUUUUAUACCACCGAUCAAACGGGUAGAUCUUUUCAUAUGAAGUUCUUCUGCAGGUCAUGGAUCUCUCUAUCCCAUUUUCUGCAUUGCCGAUAG